AUGACUGCUUUAUUCAUUACCCCUUUGAUCGAGCAUUGGGGUGGCAGAGAAAAGAAGCUGAUUGACAUCCAUACAGCCAUGCACGCUGACCCUGAUCUUGACCCUAAGGGGGACAGGCCAGGGGAAGAAGCAACCCCAUCUCCCAGUUUUCCUUCUCAUGGCAGCAAGGCCUCUCCAAGGGGGACAGGGAUAGAGACCAGCAGGGUGGAGAAAGGGAGUGAAGAGAGGGGCAGGGAGGCAGGACACAGGGCCCAGUCCCCAACAGCAACCAGUUUCCUUCCAGGCCUGCUGCAAGUCCAGGGGAGUUUACUGGAUUUCCGAAAAAUGAUCCGGUUGGUAACAGGAAAGGAAGCUACAUCCAGCUAUGGUUUCUAUGGUUGCCACUGUGGUGUUGGUGGCAAAGGAUCCCCCAAGGAUGCGACAGAUCGGUGCUGCGCUGAACACGACUGCUGCUAUAAACGUCUGGAGAAACGUAGGUGUGGCACCAAAUUUCUGAAUUACAAGUUCACCAAGAGUGGAAGCCAAAUUGUCUGUGCAAAACAGGACUCCUGCAAGAGCCAGCUGUGUCAAUGUGAUAGAAAUGCUGCCUACUGUUUUGCAAGAAACCAGAAGACCUAUAAUAAAAAGUUCCAGUACUACUCCAAUGGGCAGUGCAGUGGGAAGACCCCCAGCUGCUGA